AAAUUUUUUUCGUCAGAAGUCAUUUUUUCUCUGAGCUUACCGAGUGGGUAGAAACUACAAAAAAAAAUGAUGGAGAAGAUGAAGCAUUGAGGGGGUGGCUUUUCUUCUGAUUUUUGUGUGAAGAUUGAUGGAAAAUACUUGUGAUAUGUUAGCCGAAUCGAGGGAUUGACUGGAUACUCUAAAAAAAUAGACGAAAAGGGCUCUUGAUGAUUCUAGUCAGCUCGAAUUUUUCGAGGGUCAGCGAAUAAUUAGAUAGCCGUUAUUUCUAAAUAAAUAUUUACGUGUAAAAAUGAUUCAUUCGAAAUACGAGAGUUGUGAAUAACUUCUUCUACUCGUUCUUUCAUUUUGGCUGGAGAUGCGUUCAUUUAAAAUAAUGGAAUUUCUAAUUUUUCUAUCGAAAAACAAAUUUCGACGGGCGGCCUUCGUAAUUUAGUCGCCAAGUAAUCAAGAUGGAGCGAUGUUUAGUUGAAUAUCGAUUUAUACACAAAAUUAUUGAUUUUACGGUGAAAUAUCAGGAAAACUUUUUAUUGAAAAUUGAAUCAACCAGAAAAAAUGUCUCUUUAUGCUUCACCUUUAAAUCGAGAGUUUUCUAGAUAAAUCGAUAUUUAAUAAUGCUCUAUCACUUUAUUACGUCGUUACUAAAUUAAUUUUCUUGUCUUUGCUGCUCGUUAAUGACCGCAUUCAUCCAGAGUUUAUUGUUUCGAGUGAAUGAUAACAGGUGUGGAUGAAUUAUCGGAGGUUUUGACGCACAAUUUUUAUGUUCUCGAUUGAAUGUGCAAGGAAAGUAUUUACAAUGCGUUGAAAGAACUGAGUGUAUAUAUUUUAUGGUCGUUCCUGGUAUCGUUUAUCCACGUUUAAAUGUGAAACAUGAACAUAUUAUUGAUGAAAUAAAGAAAUAAUGAGGGUGAUUUGGGUAUUCGAUAAAAAAAAACCACUUGUUGAUUCAACAAUUGGGUAUUCUAUGGACUUUAUUCGAUGGAUCAUUGAGGGAGAACGAUAAUCUCUGCAAUCAUCACCAUACGUAUCGUUAACAUAUAGGUUUACCUAGAAAUCAUUUUUAUGCAUAACUGCAGGUUUUGGGAGAAAUUAAAUAUCGAGUUGUGAAAAUUAAUAUUAAAAUUGAAAAGUAUUACGAUGAAGUAUGACGAUAAUUCUCAUUUUUUUGUGAGAGAAAGUCGAUUGCGGAAAAUAAAUGACUAGUGUUCAGCCCCUUCGCGUAGGAAAAGAUUUCAUAGAAAUUUCUUCUCUCGAAUUUUCCAUGUCUUUUCUUUUCUAUUCAUUAAGAAAAUUGAAUUAAUUAUUUGGAGACUAUGUCAGUAGAACAAAUUAUGGUAGGAAAUCAAAUUUCUAUUCAAUGUUCCACUAGAAUCGGAUAGAAGUUGAUAAAAAGUUCAGUAGAAAUGCAAUGCAAUGAUCUAGCAAGAUCAUAAGGUUUAACUAAAAAGUGAAAAAAAAGCGUUGGAUUUUCUGUGGAAUUUUUUCAAACGUGUCAGGCUUCUGGUGCUACGAAAAUUUGCUUUAUUCAUUUUCCACGUUUUCGUUUUGUAUAUGUAUAAAUGUUGGCUAUUAGGCGCGUUACCGAUAAUUAAUUAAGGACAUAGAAUAUUAAGAAUUGGCAAACCAUGGGAGGACAAUUGAGACGCGAAUUUCCAAGAUGUGAGUGAGAUGUUGUGUUUCUCGAACUUGUGUAUUGAAUAUAAAAUAGGGAAUUAUGAUCUUUACUUGUGGCGUUUCAUUUUCCCACUUGCAUCAUUCGUUAUCUUUGUUAUCAAUGAUUUUUUAUGCCCUCGAAUCUCAGCUGAUAUCAUCUCAUUGAAAAAAAUAGACAACUAACUUGAAUCAAGGCUUCAAUCAAUUCUGCGAGGGAGAAUUCAGUUCUUGCCUUCAGGAUAUUAGAUGACACUGGAAAUUGAUAAGACCUAGUGAUAAGAGCUCAACAAUUAGGUUCAAUCAGACUCUCAUCCACAAUAAUGAAUCCAUUAGUGGCAGUGUGUCAAAUGACAUCCACAGCUGAUAAGGAAAAGAAUUUCGAGGUGGUGCAAAAUUUAGUGGUUCAAGCUAAAGAAAGAAAGGCACAAAUAGCAUUCUUCCCCGAAGCCUGCGACUACCUAGCAGACAAUAAAAAAGAUAUUGUCGCCUUCAGUGAAACUCUGACUGGUCCCACUGUCUCAAGGUACAAAGCUCUAGCUGUAGAGCAUGAUAUUUGGCUGUCUCUGGGUGGAUUGCACGAACGCCAGUCUGAGGGCUCACCAAAAAUAUCCAACACUCAUGUCCUGAUAAAUAAUGAAGGAUCAAUCGCUGCUGCCUACAGAAAAAUUCAUUUGUUCGAUAUGGACAACAAGGAUACAGGGGUGAGACUCAUGGAGUCGGAUUAUGUGGUGCCAGGAGGUGAAAUAAUUCCUCCAGUUUCUACGCCUGUUGGAAAAAUCGGGCUAAGCAUUUGCUACGACAUGCGCUUCCCCGAAUUAUCUCUGACCCUGCGAAAAUCAGGAGCAGAGGUGCUGACAUUUCCAUCAGCAUUCACUUACCAAACCGGAGCUGCCCACUGGGAAGUGCUCCUCCGAGCUCGUGCUAUCGAGACCCAGUGCUAUGUAAUCGCAGCAGCUCAAACAGCCACUCACAACAAAAAGCGCACCAGUUGGGGUCACGCCAUGAUUGUUGAUCCCUGGGGGGCUGUGAUAGCCCAGUGCGCAGAAAAAACAGGUAUUGCAGUCGCAGAAAUUGAUCUAAAUUUAUUGGAAACAGUUCGUAGAAAUAUGCCGUGCGAGAAUCACCGGAGAACAGAUUUAUACCCCUCGAUGAAUGCCAGUUGAUAAAUAGGCGAUAAAUAUGAGAAGCUAUUCCAUAGCGAAGUGGUAAAGGUGAGGAUAGAAAAAUCCAUGUGAAGUAACUUUUUUGUAGUUCAUUAAAUUUCGGAAAAAGGAAUCUCUCAAUAUUUCUCCAGAAAAUCAAUACCUCUCAAUGAGUCAAAAUUCAAUGAACUGGAAAAUUCCCACUCACUCAUUCAGCUCCCUUUAUCCCUUCGCCGUGGUUUCUCGGUGACAAAUAAAAUUAAGAAACAAGAUGAAUAAAAUUAA